GUUUGUGACUCGGCGUCUGCGUUCCAACUUUAAAUUGAGAAGCAAAUUCGGGAAAGCGUCGUUUCUUUUCCAUUAACUGCUCUGCAACCAUGGAGGAAAACCAAUAUUACUCGACUCAAGGAUAUUCUCAUCCUAACAACCCUGAAUAUCAGUAUCCACGCAACGAUUCCCCCUCGGAAGAGAACGAAAGCAAUGACUAUGGGUACCAAAACACGGACCACGCUUCCUAUGUCGCUACUUCACAACACUAUCGCCGUUCCUCAAGUGGCGAUGAGAAUGAUCCCAACUUUACGGCCGAAGACUAUGCACAUCCUAAUCCAAACUUCCCUCAGCCUCCAAUGUCACAGUAUAAUCCGGCCCCUAACCCCGUCCCCUACGGCAACAACUAUACUCCCACUGGUUCCGGUGAUAAUAACUUUUAUUUGCACGUCCAUCCCGCUUUGCAGAAUAAGCCAGCUCCAUCAUUUGAGCUUUCCAACUGCAAAGGAAGAAAGCGCGCUCUUUUAAUUGGUAUCAACUACUUCAAUACUCCCAAUGAGUUGAAAGGAUGCAUCAAUGACGUGCAUAAUGUGAAGGAUUUUAUUACCACUUUGUAUGGGUUUGAAGAGAGAGAUAUGGUGAUUUUGACAGAUGAUCAUGACAAUCCCAAAUUCCUUCCUACCCGUGCCAACAUUAUUUCCGGCAUGCAGUGGCUAGUGAAUGACGCCCAGCCCAACGAUUCGUUCUUUUUCCAUUACAGCGGACACGGUGGACGAUCCAGCGAUAACAGCGGCGACGAAGACGAUUCCCACGACGAAACAAUAUACCCAUUAGACUUUGAAGAAUCAGGACAGCUGAAGGAUGAUGAUAUGCAUCAGCUUUUAGUGAAGCCAUUGUGUCACGGUUGCCGAUUGACUGCCAUCUUUGACAGCUGUCACUCUGGAACUGCAUUGGAUCUUCCCUAUGUUUACUCCACUCGUGGCGAGAUUAAAUCAAAGAAUCUUUUCAAAGAUGCUGGAAUGGGAUUGCUUUCUGCCGGUGUUGCGUAUGCACAAGGCGAUCGGGACGGUGCUUUGUCCAGCUUGAUAUCUCUUGGCCAGAAAUUAUUCAGCGCGCGUGAUGUGGAAGACGAAAUCAGAGAGAAGCAUAGUUCUCCUGCCGACGUUAUUAUGUUUUCCGGAUGCAAGGACGAUCAAACUUCGGCCGAUGCACAUGAAGCAGGCAAAGCAACAGGUGCUAUGAGCUAUGCCUUUACCUCGACAUUACGAGAGAAUCCCAACCAGUCCUACCAGCAACUUCUCAACAGCGUUCGAAAUAUCCUCAGCGAUAAAUACGCGCAACGACCUCAACUAAGUUCAUCUCAUCCUAUUGACGUCGAUUUGGAAUUUGUAUGUUAAGCUUCUUAAAAAAGGAAGGAGAACAUGGUGUUAGUGUAUGGCUUCUUUUCUUCUCUCUUUCCGGGUCACUCCAUAAUACAAUCUCAACUCCAUGAUACCGUUGUCCAAAACGAUCCGCGCCUAUAUGGAUUGCAAAGAUUCUUUAUUGUUAUCUAAAUGUUAUGUUCUGAUAGAGGAUUAAAUGAAAGAGUUAAACGUAGAGCUUUGGCUAAUUCAUUCUUAUCUAAAGCAUGACUUACUUUUGUUG